AUGUCAAGCUCCUCAAAUGAUGAAGUAUAUGAGGUAUUUGAAGAAAUGGUCGACGAACAAAUUGAUGAUUUCAUGGACUCCGUUAUUGCCAACAACCCGAAGAGACGAGGGUAUAUCGAAAGAGAUCGGGAACAAGGACACAAUCAACUAUGGCACGACUAUUUUAGCGAAAAUCCAACAUACCCACCGGAAAUGUUUAGGCGGCGUUUUCGAAUGAACAAACCUUUGUUCCUUCGCAUUGUCGAACGCCUAAAUAAUGAAGUUCCAUACUUUCAGCAACGAAGAAAUGGUCACGGAAGGUGCGGCCUAUCUGCACUUCAAAAAUGCACUUCAGCGAUACGAAUGUUGGCAUAUGGUAAAGCCGGAGAUGCGAAUGACGAAUAUCUCCUACUUGCGGCAAGUACUGCACUUUUAUGUUUGGAAAAUUUCACGGAUGCGAUAAUACUAUUGUUUGGAGGUGAGUAUCUAAGAAGACCUACACCAGAAGAUCUUCAAAGACUACUUGACGCUGGAGAGGCACGCGGGUUUCCGGGUAUGAUAGGCAGCAUCGAUUGUAUGCAUUGGGAGUGGAAAAACUGCCCAACGGCUUGGAAAGGUACCCUCAACGAUGUCAAUGUUCUUGAUCGGUCACCAGUUUUUGAUGACAUUUUACAAGGUCGAGCCCCUAAAGUUAAGUUCAAGGUCAACAACCACACUUAUCGUAUGGCCUACUAUCUUACCGACGGAAUUUAUCCUAAUUGGGCAACAUUUAUCCAAUCCAUCAAACUCCCUCAAGGUCCAAAAGCAGAGUUAUUUGCUGAACGUCAAGAAUCCACCAGAAAAGAUGUCGAACGGGCUUUUGGAGUAUUGCAAUCGAGGUUUGCAAUUGUUAAAAACCCAGCUCUACUAUGGGACAAGGAGAAGAUAGGAAAGAUAAUGAGAACUUGUGUCAUAUUGCACAAUAUGAUAGUGGAGGACGAGCGACACGGAUACAUUCAAAUUGAUACAUCUGAGUUCGAGUCUGGAGAGUCUACUCGAAGUUCGAAGGUGAAAAGUAGAGAAAGUGUCAAUGUCCCUAUGCUUACCAUUCGCAAUCAAAUUCGAGAUCCACAUUUACAUGAGCGUUUGAAAGCUGAUUUAGUUGAAAAUGUUUGGGAAAAAUAUGGUAAUCAUGAUGAAUAA